AUGUCACACCAAACUGGAAUUAACGCAACAUCUGAGCUGAAAGAGUUUCUGGCCCAAGCGAGGGGAGGUGCCAUCAGAGUAAUGAAGAUUGUCAUCAGAAAUGAGGAGUUGGUGCUAGAUUCAUACAGAGAGCCUGCACACAGCUGGGACAAGGACUAUGAUCAGUCCCUGCUUCCUCUGCUCACGCCUCAGGAGCCGUGCUACAUCCUCUAUCGUCUGGACUCCCGGAAUGCGCAGGGAUAUCAGUGGAUCUUCAUCGCCUGGUCACCUGACCAAUCCCCAGUGAGGCAAAAGAUGAUGUACGCAGCAACCCGUGCCACACUGAAGAAAGAGUUUGGAGGAGGUCAUAUCAAAGACGAAAUGUUUGGCACAGUCGAGGAGGACCUGUGCUUCCAGGGAUACCUGCGACACAUGUCCUCCUGCUCCUCUCCUGCUCCUCUCACAGCAGCCGAGCAGGAAUUGCAACGAAUUAAAGUCACAGAGGUUACAAUGGAGUUUGGCUUAGACAAAAGGGCACAGACUCUUCAGGGUCUUGCAUUCCCAUUACAAGAAGAGGCCAAACGAGCUCUGCAGCAACUCAAGCAGAAACGCAUCAACUACAUACAGCUGAGGCUGGAUGUAGAGAAAGAGACCAUUGAACUGGUUCACACCAAACCUACAGAGACCCACGAGCUUCCCUACAGGAUUCCCACAGAUUCACCCAGAUACCACUUCUUCAUCUUCAGACACUCCCACCAGGGCCAGCGGCAGGAGGCACUGGUGUUCAUAUAUUCGAUGCCAGGGUACACCUGUAGUAUUAAGGAAAGGAUGUUGUACUCCAGCUGUAAGAACAGGCUACUGGAUGAGGUGGAGAGAGAUUACCAGCUGGAGGUCACCAAAAAGAUGGAGAUAGACAGUGGCGAUGGCCUGACAGAAGACUUCCUGUACGAGGAGGUCCACCCAAUUGAGCACACCUUAAAGCAGGCCUUUGCCAAGCCCCGUGGACCAGGGGGCAAGAGGGGCAACAAACGCCUCAUCAAGGGUACUGGGGAGAACGGGGAAGAAAGUUAGACACUAUACACACACCUAUACAACUACACAAGCAAACCGACCUGAUAUCUAUGAAUUGACCUGUCAUUUGACUGUUUAGCUUCCAGCCAUUACUUCUUUAUUUAUUCUGGAGGACGUACAUUUCAUACAGAACAUAAAAAAAAAUAGAUCCACCAUGAAGCAGAACUCAUUCAUAUGUUUUCCUGUUUUGAAAUAAAGUUGAUAAUGUGCACAUUUUUGUGAAAGUGAUAGCCAAGAUACUACAUCCUCAUCAAAAUGCAGCCCGGGAGCUGCUUUGUCAACACUGAAAAUAGUGUUGUAGUGUCAGUACUUUGAGGGAAGUGCACCAGCUUGCAGAUAAAAAUUUACAGUCUUGUUUAUCUUCUUAAACCCUACUUUCCACAACUGAUUGAGUCAUUUCAAACUCCUGCUGUGCAGCCAAACUUUGUUCAAAUCCACAAAACUUUAUUUUAAAAUGUGGUUGAGAUUCAAAUGUUUCCAAAGAUACUGAAUAUGUCAGGCUGAAUUUUAGGGAAAUGUGUAUAAAAGGAUGCACUUGGCAUCUAGGACAUGUCCAUUUGAAAGAAUGGUGCGCCCAUAAAAAAAAAAAAAGGAGUCUUAGAUUUCAAAAUGUCAGUCUG